AUGGAGCGCUUCCUGCAGCAGGCGAUUUUUCGUAGCUUGCGCUGCAUUCCAGAAGAUCACGACUUCCUCCUCACAGAGCCGCCCUUUAACACCCCAGAGAACCGGGAGCUGAUGGCCGAGAUGAUGACCGAGCCCUCAGGAAGUGGAGCAGUUGUAAGGUUGCUUUGCGGUGCCCUCCCUGCCUUUCCAAGGUUCGAGACCUUCAAUGUCAACGGCCUCUACAUCGGCGUGCAGGCCGUUCUGGCCUUGUACGCUCAAGCGGAUGGAGCCUCAGUCACCGAGGAACAGUACGAGGGCAGCAGCCCGAACCUGACUGGCUUGGUCGUGGAUUCCGGGGACGGCCUCUCUCACGUGAUCCCAGUGGCAGACGGCUACGUCAUCACCUCCUGCAUUCAGGCUCUGCCGUGCUAUGCCCAUUCGGAGCCUGAGCGGUUACUCUGGUGCCCGAAUGUUGUCGGGUCUUCAGCUAUUUGGCUCACCGGCAUUUGUUCCCCUUCCGUGCUCUGUGCCGAUCCCUCAGUGGGGAAUCCAGGGUUUCUUGUUGGGCUGGCUCUACAGCAAAAAGAGAUAAGGGCACGCAGCUUUCAAGCAAGUCUCAGGGCAACUAUUGCAGCCGUCGCUGGAGUAGGGCCAAGGCAUCCUGCCACAGCUUGGUUUCAGCAGAACCCGGGGCGUGAACCCCUUUCUUUUCGCCGAACGGUUCGUGGUUCGACAUCGACGUGA